CGGUGGCGGCGGGAGCGGGCGGCGGCAGCGGGCGGCCAGGACGGAGGCGGAGGCCGAGGGGGACUGUCCACACUGAUCGCCCGCGGAGAGGCGCGCGAGGCCGCGUCGAGCCCCGAGGACCCUGCUGCCCCGGCCCGGCCGCCAGCCACGGGCUCGUCUGUGGGAGCUGCAGCUGCGCGGCGACCCCCAUCCCUCCGGCUCCGCCGCCCACCCUCCCUCCCGCAGCCUUCCUCCUUUCGCUGCGCGGCCGGCCCCGGCCCGGCCCGGCCGUGGCCCCCUCCUCGGUGCCGGCCGGCCAUGGCAGAGGCGUCCGGCGCGGGGGAAAUCUAGCCCGGGGAUUUCAUGAGGCCUAGCUUGGUUCCGCCUCCUCCCGCCGCGGACCCGGCGGCUGCCCGCGCCCCAGCCCCACUCCGGGCCUCCGUGUCUCUCCUGUGAUCGUACUGACACGGCCGGGGGGUUAGAAUGGAACAAACUGAAGGCCCGAUGAGAGAAAGGGAAAGUUAAGGAUGCUGGAGCAGAACAAUGGAUUUCUCUUUCUCUUUCAUGCAAGGGAUCAUGGGAAACACAAUUCAGCAACCACCUCAACUCAUUGACUCCGCCAACAUCCGCCAGGAGGAUGCCUUUGAUAACAACAGUGACAUUGUUGAAGAUGGUGGCCAGACACCAUAUGAAGCUACCUUGCAGCAAGGCUUUCAGUACCCACCCACAACAGAAGAUCUUCCUCCACUCACGAAUGGCUACCCACCAUCCAUCAGCAUGUAUGAAACUCAAACCAAAUACCAGUCAUAUAACCAGUAUCCCAACGGGUCCGCCAACGGCUUUGGUGCAGUUAGAAACUUUAGCCCCACUGACUAUUACCAUUCAGAAAUUCCAAACACACGACCCCAUGAAAUUCUGGAAAAGCCUUCUCCUCCACAGCCACCACCACCUCCUCCUUCGGUACCACAGACUGUGAUUCCAAAGAAGACUGGCUCACCUGAAAUUAAACUAAAAAUAACCAAAACUAUCCAGAAUGGCAGGGAAUUGUUUGAGUCUUCCCUUUGUGGAGACCUUUUAAAUGAAGUCCAGGCAAGUGAGCACACAAAGUCAAAGCAUGAAAGCAGAAAAGAAAAGAGGAAAAAGAGCAACAAGCAUGACUCAUCUAGAUCUGAAGAGCGCAAGUCACACAAAAUCCCCAAAUUAGAACCAGAAGAACAAAAUAGACCAAAUGAGAGGGUUGACCCUGUAUCAGAAAAACCAAGAGAAGACCCAGUGCUGAAAGAGGAGACCCCGGUUCAGCCGAUGCUACCUUCUGUUCCAACAGCAGAGGCGUCCGCUGGUGUGAAGUUCCAGGUCGGCGAUCUUGUUUGGUCUAAGGUGGGAACCUAUCCUUGGUGGCCUUGCAUGGUGUCCAGUGACCCCCAACUUGAGGUACACACCAAAAUUAACACAAGAGGUGCCCGGGAGUAUCACGUCCAGUUUUUUAGCAACCAGCCAGAGAGGGCGUGGGUUCAUGAGAAGCGGGUCCGAGAGUAUAAAGGCCACAAACAGUAUGAGGAACUACUGGCUGAAGCGACCAGACAAGCCAGCAAUCACUCUGAAAAGCAGAAGAUUCGGAAACCGCGGCCUCAGAGAGAACGUGCCCAGUGGGACAUCGGCAUUGCCCACGCCGAGAAAGCGCUGACCAUGACCCGGGAGGAGAGGAUAGAACAGUACACUUUCAUCUAUAUUGAUAAACAGCCCGAGGAGACUUUAUCCCAAGCAAAAAAGAACGUUGUCUCCAAAGCUGAAGUAAAAAAGCCCCGAAGACCGAGGUCGGUGCUCAAUGUGCAGCCAGAACAGACCAACGCCGGGGAGGCAGCCUCCUCGCCCUCAGGUACUGAAAUGCGGAGACACAGCCAGCGGCGGCACACGGGCGUGGACGAGGAUGAGCCCCCUCCCGUGAAGGUGGCCUGGAAAACGGCGGCAGCGAGGAAAUCCCUACCAGCGUCCAUCACCAUGCACAAAGGGAGCCUGGACUUGCAGAAGUGUAACAUGUCUCCCGUGGUGAAAAUUGAACAAGUGUUUGCUCUGCAGAAUGCUACAGGAGAUGGGAAAUUUAUCGAUCAGUUUGUUUAUUCGACGAAGGGAAUUGGUAACAAAACAGAAAUAAGUGUCAGGGGACAAGACAGACUUAUAAUUUCUACACCAAACCAGAGGAAUGAAAAGGCAACUCAGAAUAUGUCAUCUCCUGAAGCAACAUCUGGUUCUGCAGGCUCAGUAGAAAAGAAGCAGCAGAGAAGAUCAAUUAGAACUCGUUCUGAAUCGGAGAAAUCCACUGAGGUUGUGCCAAAGAAGAAGAUCAAAAAGGAGCAGGUUGAAACAGUUCCUCAGGCUACAGUGAAGACUGGAUUACAAAAAGGUGCCAGCGAGAUUUCAGAUUCCUGUAAACCUCUAAAGAAAAGGAGCCGCGCCUCAACCGACGUAGAAAUGGCUGGUUCCACGUACAGAGACACGUCUGACUCCGAUUCCAGAGGGCUGAGUGACCUGCAGGCAGGCUUUGGAAAGCAAGUCGAUAGCCCUUCAGCUACUGCAGAGGCAGACGUUUCUGAUGUGCAGUCCGUGGAUUCAAGUUUGUCGCGAAGAGGCACUGGAAUGAGCAGGAAGGACACUGUGUGUCAGAUCUGUGAAAGCUCUGGUGAUUCUCUGAUUCCCUGUGAGGGAGAGUGCUGCAAACACUUCCACCUGGAGUGCCUGGGCUUGUCAUCACCCCCUGAUGGAAAGUUCGUCUGUGUCGAGUGUAAAACUGGACAGCACCCAUGUUUUUCAUGUAAAGUGUCUGGUGCGGAUGUGAAGCGUUGCUCUGUCAGCGCUUGUGGGAAGUUUUACCAUGAAGCCUGUGUCCGCAAGUUCCCCACUGCCAUCUUUGAAUCAAAAGGCUUCCGCUGUCCCCAGCACUGCUGUUCUGCCUGCUCUAUGGAGAAAGAUAUCCACAAAGCAAGUAAAGGUCGCAUGGUGAGAUGUCUGCGGUGCCCAGUCGCCUACCACUCCGUAGAUGCUUGCAUUGCCGCCGGCAGCACCCUCGUGUCUUCCUGCGUUCUCAUCUGCAGUAAUCAUUCCACACGGAGCAGUGGCUCUUCAUCUGCUGUAAAUGUAGGCUUUUGUUUCGUUUGCGCCAGAGGGCUGAUAGUGCAGGACCAUUCAGACCCCAUGUUCAGUUCCUAUGCCUAUAAGUCCCACUACCUACUGAACGAAUCAAAUCGUGCAGAGUUGAUGAAAUUACCUAUGAUUCCUUCUUCGUCAGCUUCCAAAAAGAAAUGUGAGAAAGGUGGACGACUGCUCUGCUGCGAGUCGUGUCCAGCCUCCUUCCACCCGGAGUGCCUGAGCAUAGAGACGCCCGAAGGCUGCUGGAACUGCAAUGAUUGCAAGGCUGGCAAGAAGCUGCAUUACAAGCAGAUUGUUUGGGCCAAAUUGGGAAAUUACAGAUGGUGGCCGGCUGAGAUCUGCAACCCCCGGUCUGUGCCGCUGAACAUCCAGGGCCUCAAGCACGACCUGGGCGACUUCCCCGUGUUCUUCUUCGGCUCUCACGACUACUACUGGGUCCACCAGGGCAGAGUGUUCCCUUACGUCGAAGGAGACAAAAGCUUUGCCGAUGGACAGACCAGUAUUAACAAGACCUUCAAAAAAGCGUUGGAAGAAGCUGCAAAACGUUUCCAAGAAUUGAAAGCACAAAGAGAAAGUAAAGAAGCACUGGAGAUUGAAAAAAGCUCAAGAAAACCCCCUCCAUACAAACACAUCAAAGCCAACAAAGUGAUAGGAAAGGUACAGAUCCAGGUGGCAGACCUGUCGGAGAUUCCCCGCUGCAACUGCAAGCCGGCCGACGAGAACCCUUGUGGCUUGGAGUCCGAGUGCCUGAACCGGAUGCUGCAGUAUGAGUGUCACCCCCAGGUGUGCCCGGCGGGGGAGCGCUGCCAGAACCAGUGCUUCACCAAGAGGCUCUACCCAGACGCAGAGGUCAUCAGGACCGAGCGGAGGGGCUGGGGCCUCCGGACCAAGAGGAGCAUCAAGAAGGGUGAAUUUGUAAAUGAAUAUGUCGGCGAAUUAAUUGAUGAGGAAGAAUGCAGAUUGCGAAUCAAGCGAGCCCACGAGAACAGUGUAACUAAUUUUUAUAUGUUAACUGUUACCAAGGACCGUAUCAUUGAUGCUGGCCCCAAGGGAAACUACUCUCGCUUUAUGAACCACAGUUGUAAUCCAAACUGUGAAACCCAAAAGUGGACCGUGAAUGGAGACGUUCGCGUUGGGCUUUUUGCUCUUUGUGACAUUCCUGCAGGGAUGGAGCUGACAUUUAAUUACAACCUGGACUGUCUGGGCAACGGCAGGACGGAGUGCCACUGCGGGGCAGACAACUGCAGCGGCUUCCUGGGCGUGCGCCCGAAGUCGGCAUGUGCCUCCACAGCUGAAGAAAAGGCCAAAAAUGCUAAGCUAAAGCCGAAGCGACGAAAAAUCAAAACAGAGCCCAAGCAGCUGCACGAGGAUUUCUGUUUCCAGUGUGGGGAUGGCGGGGAGCUGGUCAUGUGCGACAGGAAGGACUGCUCCAAAGCCUACCACCUGCUCUGCCUUAACCUGCCGCAGCCACCCUAUGGAAAGUGGGAGUGCCCCUGGCACCAGUGCGACGAGUGCAGCGCUGCGGCCGUCGCCUUCUGCGAGUUCUGCCCCCGGUCCUUCUGUAAAGAUCACGAGAAGGGGGCGCUGGUGCCCUCCGCCCUGGAAGGCCGGCUCUGCUGCUCAGAGCACGACCCUGCGUCCCCUGUGUCCCCCGAGUACUGGAGCAAGAUCAAGUGUAAACUGGAAUCACAGGAUCACGGAGAAGAAGUCAAAGAGUAAAUGGGCAGGGAAAAUGUCCUUCUUUUUAUUUAAAGGAAAAAAAAGGAAAAGAAAAAAGUAGAGGACACGUCAGUGCAAGAAGAGACCGCUGCAACGCGGGCAGCCUUGGCCAGCGGCCCUGCCUUGCAAAAGCAGGAGCGGGGAGAUGGUCCGCAGGCCGAAGCCGGUGGUGGGCUCUGGUGUUUUCAGUUCUGUCGGUUUGGGAAUUCCUUUGUGGAGGGUUAGAUUCACUUGGUCUUUUCUUGCCUUUUACUGUGCUUCAGAGCCUUUGCAGCUGGGAAAAAAGAGCUGUCUUCGCUUUUUAAAAUAAGAACAGACAGAAAAGAAAGUUUUUUGUUAAUGAGAUAAAUUUAAAGUCUAGGCUGUGUUCCAUGGGUGUACAAAACAAAAGUAGUCAUCAUUCCUUUAUUUAUUUUCAUUUUUUAAGAUUCUGAGACGCAUAGUUCAGAUAGUCUGAUCUGUGUAUGUGUGUACAUGUGUGUUUUAAGUAGGAAUUGCAGAAAGCCCUCUAGAAAAGGGUCUGGUGGUGUCACAGGCCCCUCUCCCGGGCAGAAGGGUGGCCGGCUUCGCUUUCCCUUCCAGGUGUCUCUCAUGGUCUUAGAGAUGGCUCUGGGAGGACUGAACCUGGCCUCUUGAAAACAAAAGCCCUCAGUGGAUAUUACCUCUGUGGUCUUACACUCGGCGGGCUUUCUGAUAUGACUUUACCUAGAAAGGUAUGUAAUGUGGUUGCUGGUUUUUCCUUCUGGAGGAAACUAGAAGUGGAUGGCCUCACCGAGUCUGAAAUGUUCUCCGAUAAUAAUGGGUAUUUUGGUGAAGUUCAUUUAUGUGGGAUGUGAAUGCAGUGUUUGAAUGGACAUUCCUAUUAUCCUGGGGCACUGGUAAAGGCAGCUAAAGGCAGAUGAAGGGCACGGACCAAAAGUCGGAUCAGAGGAGCUCCCUUGUCUGUCCAGCGUGCUGUGGACCUUGGUCUGGCUUGGAGAGAAUGUGGGCGUUUUAUUUCCGUCUCCCGGUCAGACAUCAGUUUCCUCAGGGAAACUACACAAAUGAAUUUGAAUUUGUGUGAUUUGAGUAGCUCUUUCUGUUUAACUCCACAUUUGAGGGUGAAAGGGGUCAGGGCAUUCCCCAAGUUACCUGUCAGUUAUCCAGUCCUUAGACUUGCCCCACCGGGGAAGGGAAGCACUUGUGCAGGGUAGGUAAGGGCCCCGCAAACACACUUCACUGCAGGAAGCACUUAGGGAGAGCUCCCGAGAAAGCAGUAUUGGCAAGAAUAGACACUCGUGAAGCGGACUGUCUGCCCACACAACUCCCUUACUUGUAAUGCGUAGGAAUAUGUCUACUCCAGGAUCCCCUGUAUGGAUCCAUUAGUCCUGUCAGACCUUGUUGUAACACUGUACUAAGUAGAAGUCUAGGGUUAGCUUGAAUGAACGUUAACUUUCUCUGUGAAUUUUGACUGCUUACAAUUGCCUGUACCUGGCAGCAUUUAUUUUCCCUCCCGAAGUACCCAGAGACCUUACAAAAAGGCUGGGAAGAUAGAUGCUCCAUGACGUUCCUUCAGUUGUGCCGUGUGUCCCCUUUUUUCCUAUCAAUUUAGAGCUCUUCUCUGGAAAAAAGAAAAAAAAUCUGUUUUGUGCCUCUUUUUUUUUUUGUAUGUAUAUGUGCAAUUAUACUGGAUUUUUUUGUUUAAAAAAACAAAAACAAAACAACAAAAAAACAAACACUACAAUUCCUUUACUUAAGCUCCUAAACUGCCAUUUGCGUGAUUCCAGCAAAUAAUUUUGAGGUAACUUAUUGAGCCUCCAGUAAUUCUAUUGAUUAGAUAUGGUCUCAAAAGAAAGAGCAAGAUAGAAGAUGCUACACGUGUUACCAAAUGCGACUGCCGCCAGUCACAUGAAUUACAGCUCACCAAAACACUAAACUUUGCUCUUGAGCAACUAUAGAGUUUGAUGUCCUUUUAAAAAAAUAACUUAAGAAAAUCUAUGUUUUAUCAUACUAAAACUUUAUUUUAUAUAUGUAUAUGAUAAACGUUUGCUUUUCUAAACUUACUAACAUGAAGGAGUUCCUUUAAUAUUUGAACUGUAACUCGCGUUGAAUCAGUAUCCAACAUGAAAUCUUCUUGCUUUGUUUUGGACUUAGUGCUAUUUAAUAUCUGACUUUUAUAUGGUAAGCCAGGGUAUAUCCUGUAUACUACAAAUACCUUAGGUUUAAGUAUUUUUAUGCAGCUUCUGCAUUGUGUCACAUUUGGUUUGUGUAUCUGUAACAGAGCUCUGCUGAGAGUUUUCUGAUUUGGGGUGGGGGACAGCGGGGUGGGUAGGUGGGGCGGGCGGGGGUGACUAACAGGAUUGUUCUGCCAUUUCAGAAAUCAGGGUGGAAAGCAAAAUCGCUGACUGCAGCUCUGGAGUCCCUGUCCGGGAAUGUCCUCUAACAGUCUCAGAAGUGGUUUUAGUCCUGCCAGUGCCAAGGAGCUCUACUCACACCUUGUGGUGUCACAAGAUUACGUAUUUUAAAGGUGCAGGCUGUGGAAGCAGGUGAAAGAGUAAGUUGUGCUUUCUGUUUGCGAAGUAUCCGUCCAUGCAGUGUGCAUAGUAUCCGAGCAGCAUGUUUGCCUGUGGCUCGCCAUGAAAUACUUCGACAGACACGUUGCUUACUCACAGCCGGAAGUUGUUAUUUGAUUUGCUAACUGUGAGAUCGAGCUGUAGUCAGACUGUAAAUGGCUGGUUUUUACUUAUUAUCGGAAAAUGAAAUAACAUCAAGCAGCAUGGGAUAACAACGGUCGUAUUUUUUUUGAACCUUAUGUUGGUUCAGAGAAAAAGUGAAUGUUAAGGUUUUUGAUAAUCAGCAGAAUGCUUCAGAAACUGGGUCUGUAACAACUAGAGGUGAGAUUCCAGACCUUCCAGGCCCUGGUGGGAGUGGGGUGCUGCCUGUUGCUUUUGGGGGGGUGGGGGGGGUGGGCUGCAUUCCUAGAAGGCGGAAGCAGCUGGAGGAAGUGAAUCACUUCUUGACUGUCUAAUCAGGGCUACUACAGUUAGGAGUGAGGUGGGUUUUAUUUUCAUUUCUCUUUUUAACACGUUCCCACCCUAUCCUAAUUCUCAAAAAAGCUCUUGCCUAAGCUAUAAAAUAGGCUGACUUUUAGAAUCAUUAAAACUUGGAGAUUUCUGUGUGUUCAAGUCAGG